UUUCGUAUCAGUUUCACCAGGAUUCAGGGCAUGGGGGGCUGUCCCUAGUUCAUGGUUACCUGGCCCUGGGGUAAUUAAGGCAGGGGAGUAUCUGGAGAAUAAGAACCUGAUUUGGGAGGGUGGGGGAAGUGUGGGUAGGGCUGGCUCUGGGCUGGUUAGUUUGCAUUUGAAAGUUGUGUUCCUGGGUUGAGCUAUCAGUCAAGUUGUUUGCUAUCUCUAGGAAUUACCCAACCCUGGGAGGAUUAGUUCCCUCUAUGAUUAGUGAGAACCCACAUGCCAGAGCAUCAAGAAUUACAGAAAAUAAAAUCUAGUUAAUACAAACAAUCCUGAUAAAACUAUUAACACUGUUAAAAUGUUUAAUUUCUAAUAAACACUACAGUAAAUGUAAGACUUUACCCUUCCUCCCCACCCUCCCCAAAGUGGCAUUACUUGAUGGAGAGGUUUGUAAGGAAGUGCUGUAUUAUGCUGAUAAGACCCAAAUAUCCUAAAUUCAAAGAGAACAGUGCGGGAAGUACUUACAAGAUGGGCAUGGCCAAACUGAGCUAAGAGGAAGUAUAUAUAGUGAAUGAGCUGUGCUCCUCCAUGGUUUGCUGUGUUUAGCUUUGUCAAUGUACUUUGCAUCUCCUGAUGCCGAUUCCCAGGUCUUACAUCAUUUUUUCUAUCUCCCAAUCUUGGUUGAGGUGGUUUGCCUUACAGAAAAAGGCCUAAGCCUAUAUAACAUUGUGUUGAGAGCUACCAGCUUUUUGCUUCAGCACCCAUGACCUUGGAUUCUGUAAAGGUCCCUAUAGCUGGCAACACUAUUUCUCUGUAUUGUAAUGCUUAAUGUCAUAUCUCUGGUCUUAUUCCCAGGUCAAGGAUACAUUCCAAGACAGUUCUAAAAAUAUGUCACCAACUCCAACCUUAUAGUUGACCUAGCCAUGGAAAACCUCAUUGGAACCUCAUGAGAUCAGACAAUACUGACACUCUUAAAAACCCUUCCCAUCAAAAAGUAUCAGGAAUGAAAAUCAGGAAUGAUAUAUACCUACCACUUCAAGAAAGUUUCUGUAUCAGCCAGCAGUUUAGCAGAUCAGCUAGUUUCUUUGAUCAUCAAGCAGACGUAGUCAAGCCACUAACACAAAAGAGGAAAAAGUCUCUAUAUCAGUGUUUUUCACGUUAUGCAUGUGACCCAUUUAGUAGGUCAUGAAAUCAAUUUUGUGGGUCAUGACGAACAUUUUUAAAAACAAAAUAAAAUAUAAAAUAUCAGAGUGCUUUGCAUGAAUCCUUUGCCAGAAUUAUACACCUUGCAAGGAAUACUAAGAAAGAGGAAUAAUGAAGCAAAAUAUGCAGAAGCAUGUUCAAGUUCUACUGCUGGAUCUGAAAGUAUGAAUAGUGACAAUAUUGAGAAAACUAUUGACUCUAAUCUGCAAACAUCAACUUCGUUUGAGCCACGUUGCAAAAAGAAAAAAGUAACUGCAAGGCGUUAUAAUGAAGAUUAUUUAAAAUACGGUUUUAUCAAAUGUGAAAAACCCUUUGAAAAUGACAGACCCCAUUGUGUUAUUUGUAAUAAUAUUCUUGCAAAUGAAAGCUUAAAACCUUCAAAAUUAAAAAGGCACUUAGAAACACAGCAUGCUGAACUUAUUGAUAAGCCUCUUGAAUAUUUUCAAAGAAAGAAAAUAGAUGUAAAGUCGUCAACACAAUUUCUUAGCUGCUCUACUACUGUUAGUGAGAAAACCUUAUUAUCAUCAUAUUUAGUUGCAUAUCGUGUGGCAAAAGAGAAAAUGGCUCACGCAGCUGCUGAAAAAAUUAUUCUUCCAGCAUGUUUGGAUAUGGUGCGUACAAUUUUUGAUGAUAAAUCUGCUGAUAAAUUAAAAACGAUUCCUAGUGAUAACACAAUAUCUCUUCGAAUUUGUACGAUUGCCGAACAUUUAGAGGCAAUGCUUAUUACUUGGUUACAGUCAGGAAUAGAUUUUGCAAUCCAACUUGAUGAAAGCACAGAUACUGGAAGCUGCACAACACUUUUAGUCUAUGUCAGAUAUGCGUGGCAAGGCGAUUUUAUGGAGGAUUUUUUGUGUUGUUUAAACUUAACCUCACACCUAAGUGGAUUAGAUAUUUUCACAGAAUUAGAAAAGUGCAUUGUUGGUCAGUAUAAAUUAAAAUGGAAAAACUGCAAAGGAAUUACAAGUGAUGGAACAGCAAACAUCACUGGAAAACAGAGCAGAGUAAUUAAAAAAUUGCUAGAAGUUACUGGUGGUGCAUGGAAUCAUUGUUUUAUACAUCGUGAAGCAUUAGCAUCCAGAGAGACUCCACAGAAGCUCAUGGAAGUAUUGAAAAAGGCAGUGAAAGUUGUUAACUUUAUUAAAGGAAGCUCAUUAAACAGCCGACUUCUUGAAACGUUUUGUUCGGAGAUUGGAGCUAAUUAUACCCACUUACUGUAUCACACCAAAGUUCGUUGGUUGUCUCAAGGGAAAAUACUGAGCAAGGUUUAUGAACUCAGGAAUGAGAUCCACGUUUUUCUCAUUGAAAAGAAGUCUCAUUUGGCAACUGUUUUUGAGGAUGAUAUUUGGGUAACGAAACUGGCAUAUUUAACUGAUAUUUUUGGCAUCCUUAAUGAACUACGUUUAAAACUACAGGGGAAAAACAGUGACAUAUUCCAACAGGCCGAACGUAUCCAAGGAUUCCAGAAGAUGUUACUGUUGUGGCAAGCGAGGCUUAAAAGCAACCGUCCUAGCUACUACAUGUUUCCAAGGUUUUUGCAGCACAUUGAAGAGAAUGUUAUCAAUGAAAACAUUUUGGAAGAAAUAAAACUAGAGAUAUUGUUGCACCUCACUUCUCUCUGUCAAACCUUUAACCAUUUAUUCCCAGAAGAGAAAUUUGAAACAUUAAGACAGAAUUGUUGGGUAAAAGAUCCGUUUGCUUUUCGAAACCCAGAAUCAAUCAUUGAGUUAAACUUGGUGCCUGAAGAAGAAAAUGAAUUAUUGCAGCUCAGUUCUUUAUAUACAUCGAAGAAUGAUUAUGAAACACUAAGUUUAUCAGCAUUUUGGAUUAAGAUAAAGGAAGACUUUCCUUUGAUAAGUCAGAAGAGUAUCCUGCUAUUAUUACCAUUCACAGCAACUAGUUUGUGUGAACUAGGGUUUUCGGUCUUAACCCAGUUAAAAGCAAAGGAAAGGAACGGAUUAAAUGGCGCAGCAGAUAUGCGAGUAGCAUUAUCCUCCUGUGUUCCAGACUGGCAUAAACUCAUGAAUGGGCAAGCACACCUACCACGUUAAAUAAAUCUUUUUUUUUUUAAUUGGAAUAUAGUCGCUUUACAGUGUUGUGUAAACAAAUCUUACCUGGUUUUUGUUUAUGCAGAAUAAAAUCAUAAUGUAAUUUUAUGUUCAUUGAACAAAAAUUUAAUGAACUUCUAUUAAAGGUCAGGUACUGUUCUAGACACAUUUGGGAUACGAAAUGAAGAAAAUAGAGACCAUUCUCUAGUGGAGCUUAUGUUCUGGCAAGGAGAGAGAGAGACAAUAAACAAUAAAUAACCUUUAUAAUAUUUAGAAGAUAAUAAGUGCUAUAGAAAGUAAUAAGAAAAGAGAUCAGGGAACUAUUUGGGGACCAAAUCAUGAAGGGUUCUAGACCAUUAUAGGGGCUCUGGAUUUUUGUCAGUGAAAUGGAAAGUAGUUGGGUUCUGUGGAGGAAAGACAUGAUGUGAAUUAGGUUUUAAAAAAUUCACUCUGACUUCUAUUUUGAGAAUAGAUUGAAUUAUAUGUUACCUCUUUAAAGUCUUUCCUAACCACUUUAGUUUGGGUACAUCCUUCUUUAUUCUUCCUUUUAUUUCUUUGUUUUCUUGGUACUAUGUAAUAUUUGUAUUUAUUUAUGUGAUUACUAGUUCUGUCAACAUGCCACCUUGAAAUGCAUGCUCCAUAGGAGCAGAGAUCGUGUCAUCUUGCAUGAUACAUAGUAAAUGGAUAGUCCAUUUACAUUUGCUGGAGAAAAAAAUCAAUAACAUCUAAUACCUGUAACAUGAGGUCAUAUUCCCAGGAAUAAUAAUUAAAUGUAUGGCAAAUUUCUUUGCCAUUUUAACAUUUAAAAAUCUGAUUUUGUCAGAUAAUCUCUAUAAGCAUCCCCAAACGGCAUUGAUGCAUGUUGCUUCCUCACAUCAUUGCUGAAAAUUAAGCAAUUUAAUUGCUUAAUAUGUCUUCCUCAAACUAGUUUCAACUUCUGCCUCUCUUUACAUAUUUCCUGACCCCACUGGGUGAUGUUUCUUUGGGCGUGAUCUUUCUCUAAAAUCAUAUAGGUUAGCAGCUCCUUUCCAUCCAGCCACUCUUGGCAUUAUUGAAAUAUUUGAUUUUUCAAAUUUUCUAUUCUAUUAAAGAUAAUAGAUUUUUCCCCCUUCUUGGUGCUUAAAAUACAGUUGGAAGACAAUUUUCCAUGAAUAGCUCACAUUUCUGCACAGCCUGGAUCCUCUGAAUGAAAGUAUUUGCGUUUAAGUUAAGAACACUUGUGUAAGGAGACAUUCCAGAAUGGUGAAACUAGAGACAUCUUCCCAAGAAACAUGCCAGGGAAGUAAAGAUAAAGCCUUUUCCUACCUCCCUGGAGACAUAUGCGUGCAUUCCAGGAGUAAUGAGUAAUCUCCCUGUAGGGAAGGGUGAGAGGAUGUACCAGCAGCCCCCACUGUGUGCAGAGCUAACACCUGUGGGAAAUGGGGCAUGGGAAACCAACCCACAAUGCUGAUCUGGCUCAUUUUUUGUUUGUUUGUUUUGCUAUGAGUAAUAA